AAUAUAAUGAACGGAGCAUCGUGGGCUGACCAGUGGGACAACAGCGGCGACGGCGCCGUCGUUAGAAGCGGCGGAGGAGGAGCUGUGUCGAACUCGAACACGGGUAAGUACAAGGAGAAAUUGGGACAUGGACUAGACAAGACCAAAGCCGUGGCUUCUUCUGGUUUUAAGAAGCUCAAGACUGGUUCUGCCUUGGGUUUUCGUUGGGUCAAGGACAACUUCGUUGAUUUGAUUGUUUUGUGUACUUAUGAAACCCUAAUUAUCGGCGACGGAAAGGAGGAGAGGAAGAUGGCGAUAGAGAUGCCAAGAGGUUUACCCUUUUCCGUCGACACUUUCGGACCUUACACGACGACGACGAAGAAGAUGAAGAGACAUCAUUUCUUGACUCACGCUCACAAAGACCACACCGUCGGGAUUUCUCCUUCCAACAUCGUCUUCCCCAUUUACUCUACUCCCCUCACGAUUUCUCUUCUUCUCCAACGUCACCCUCAGCUUGAUGAGUCUUUCUUCGUGGGGAUUGAAAUUGGGCAAUCAGUGGUUGUUGAUGAUCCAGAUGGAGAGUUUAAGGUUACUGCUUUUGAUGCGAAUCACUGUCCUGGAGCGGUCAUGUUCUUGUUUGAAGGCAGCUUCGGUAACAUACUUCACACUGGUGAUUGUAGGCUUACACGGGAUUGCCUUCUGAGUCUACCUGAGAAGCAUGUGGCGAGACAUGGCGAGGAGGCACCAGAAUGCUGUCUCGAUUACAUUUUCUUGGACUGCACAUUCGGCAAAUCCUCUCAGAGGUUUCCGACUAAGCACUCGGCAAUAAGACAGAUCAUCAGCUGCAUAUGGAGCCACCCAGAUGCACCAGUCGUCUAUCUUGCUUGUGAUAUGUUGGGCCAAGAGGAUAUUCUGUUAGAAGUUUCCAGAACGUUUGGCUCCAAGAUUUUCGUCGACAAAGCUACAAACUUGGAGUGCUACAGAUCGUUGAUGGUUAUAGUUCCUGACAUUGUCUCUGAGGAUCCUUCGUCCCGGUUCCACAUAUUCAGUGGGUUACCUAAGCUGUACGAAAGAGCAAGUGCUAAACUUGCUGAGGCGGGAUCGAAACUUCAGGGUGAACCUCUCAUCAUCCGCCCUUCAGCUCAGUGGUACGUUUGCGAUGAUGAAGACUACUUCGAAAGUGGAAGCCAGACUCAAAAGCAGAGGAAAGUUGUUAGGUUUAGUGAAGCUGUGAGGGAUGAGUUUGGUAUUUGGCAUGUGUGUUACUCGAUGCAUUCGUCCCGAGAAGAACUGGAAUCAGCGAUGAAGCUUCUUUCUCCGAAGUGGGUUGUAUCAACAGUUCCUUCUUGUAGAGCCAUGGAAUUGGACUAUGUGAAGAAAAACUGUUUUAUCAGUCGGUUCUCUUCUGACGAUCCUUUCUGGAAACUUCUAGACAUCGACAUGGGAGUUCCACCUGUUGCUGCAACUGACACUCACACAGUAACUCUUGGUUGCUGUCUCGUGAGUGAAGGACUUGCUCUGGAUUCUGCAAAUUCCAAGAUGGAGCCUGUAAUCGAAUCCUCUAGCAUAAAGAAGCAGCUUCUGAGUUUAUCCCCUGAAAAAAUCCUUCUUCCUGUAACUCUGUUUGGGAAGGCAAGGCUAAGUUCUCAGGUAUCUGAUCAACUUCACGAGGGAAAAGCCAUAUACACUCGAUGCGUAUACACAGAAACCUCGCCGGGAUUAGAAAAGUUGAAUAUGGAGGAGGUAGUUGAGUCCUUUACCAAGGAAGAAACAAUGGAGAAGGGAUCUUCUUGUAGAAGAAUUUGUUCUCAUUCGUCAAAGGAGACUUGCAAAGAUCUUAGUGGUGAAUUGAGAAAGCUAUACAGAUCAAUGAACGCACCUGUGCCUCGGCCUCUACCAUCAUUAAUGGAGCUUAUGAACGCUAGGAAACGCUCUCGGAAAUACUUGAGUUUGUAG